AAUCCAUACAGGUCGGGUUUACAAGAACGCCCAUCUCCAGAAGCUUCCUUAAACCCCUAUUUCCCCUGAAACCCUAUCAAAACCCUUGCGCAGUCUCGGAGAACCUUUCCAUUUCGUCUCUGUUAGCUUCGAUUCCACAAAUAUGCACAGGCUAUCUAGGCGUUCUGUGAACUCUCUCCUCCGUUACGGUGGCCAUCUCCGCCGCGAUGCAGUGGCUGGGGCAUCCAUUGGUUCUUUUAAUAUCAACGAAUCGAGUGGAGAGAGGAAUGCCAAUGGCAGAUGGUACUCUGUUUUAUCAACUGCAACAAGCAGUGGGCCUGCUUCCACAAAGCCUUUGAAAUUAGGAAACAUGCUUUCAACUGGGAAACGGUAUGAGUCAACAGUAUCUGACUUUCAAACACCCAAUCCACCCGUGGAGAAGUAUGAAUAUCAAGCAGAGGUAAGUCGGCUUAUGGACCUUAUAGUUAACAGUCUAUACAGCAACAAAGAGGUCUUCCUUCGUGAACUUAUCAGCAAUGCAAAACUUGACAUACGUAUUAAAACCGAUCAAGAAAAUGGAAUAAUUACCAUUCAGGACUCUGGUAUUGGUAUGACUCACCAAGAACUAGUUGACUCUCUUGGAACAAUUGCCCAUAGUGGAACUGCUAAGUUUCUCAAAGCCUUAAAGGAUAGCAAAGAAGCUGGUUCAGACAGCAAUUUGAUUGGUCAAUUUGGUGUGGGAUUUUAUUCUGCUUUCUUAGUUGCUGAUAAAGUGGUUGUCUCAACAAAAAGUCCAAAGUCUGAUAAGCAAUACGUUUGGGAAGGAGAAGCAAAUUCUGACUCUUAUAUUAUCCGAGAAGAGACUGAUCCUGAAAAGUUCAUUCCUAGAGGAUCUUGCAUCACAUUACAUCUAAAACGUGAUGAUAAAGGGUUUGCUCAUCCAGAAAAAAUUGAGAGACUUAUUAAAAAUUAUUCACAAUUUGUGUCAUUUCCAAUUUACACAUGGCAAGAAAAGGGAUACACAAAAGAGAUUGAAGUUGAUGAAGAUCCUUCUGAAUCCAAAAAAGAUGAGACUGAUGACAAUGUUGCUAAAAAGAAGAAAACUAAGAAAGUUGUUGAGAAAUACUGGGAGUGGGAUCUCACUAAUGAGACACAACCCAUAUGGCUUAGAAACCCUAAGGAAGUUACAACAGAGGAAUAUAAUGAAUUCUACAAGAAGACUUUUAAUGAAUAUGUAGAACCUUUAGCUUCUUCACACUUCACAACAGAGGGAGAGGUGGAGUUCAGAUCCAUUCUGUAUGUGCCAGCUGUCACUCCCAUGGGGAAAGAAGACAUUGCCAAUCCAAAAACCAAGAACAUAAGACUCUAUGUCAAACGUGUCUUCAUUUCAGAUGACUUUGAUGGAGAAUUGUUUCCACGAUACCUAAGCUUUGUGAAAGGUGUUGUUGACUCCAAUGAUCUUCCCUUGAAUGUAUCACGUGAAAUCCUCCAAGAAAGCCGAGUUGUACGGAUAAUGAGGAAACGAUUGGUCCGAAAGGCAUUCGACAUGAUUCUUGGCAUAUCCAUGAGUGAAAACCGAGAGGAUUAUGAAAAAUUCUGGGAGAAUUUCGGGAAGCAUUUGAAAUUAGGAUGCAUUGAAGAUCGUGAAAACCAUAAAAGACUUGCUCCAUUGCUUCGAUUUUUCUCUUCACAAAGUGAAGAAGAAAUGAUAAGUUUAGAUGAAUAUGUGGAAAACAUGAAACCUGAACAAAAAGAUAUUUACUACAUUGCUGCUGAUAGUGUCACAAGUGCAAAAAACACACCUUUCCUUGAAAGACUCUAUGAGAAAGAUCUCGAAGUAUUGUUUUUAGUUGACCCUAUCGAUGAAGUUGCUGUUACAAAUCUUAAAUCAUAUAAAGAAAAGAACUUUGUUGACAUCAGCAAGGAAGACUUGGAUAUUGGUGACAAAAAUGAGGAAAAGGAAAAAGAAAUGAAACAAGAAUUUGGACAUGUUUGUGAUUGGAUGAAAAAACGUUUGGGUGACAAGGUUGCAAGUGUACAAAUUUCAAAUCGGUUAAAAGCUUCCCCUUGUGUACUUGUUUCCGGAAAGUUCGGUUGGUCUGCCAACAUGGAAAGGUUGAUGAAGGCACAGACGGUUGGAGACUCGUCUAGCUUGGAUUUCAUGAGAAGUAGGAGGGUGUUUGAGAUUAAUCCGGAACAUCCAAUCAUUCAGACAUUGACUGAGGCUUGCAGGAGUAAUGCUGAUGAUGAUGAGGCAAUGAGAGCUAUUGACCUUUUAUAUGAUACUGCCUUGAUUUCUAGUGGUUUCACUCCUGAGAGCCCGUCGCAUUUUGGGGGAAAGAUUUAUGAGAUGAUGAACAUGGCCUUAUCAAACAAAUGGAAGCUUCCGGAAGCGCAAGAGGGUGAAGUAGUAGUGUCUGAACCACAACAGACGCUGGAAGCAGAGGUGGUUGAACCUGUUCAGACAACUUCUCAGAAAUGAGUUAGUUGAAAUCUGUUGGGACUCUAU